UCUUCCACCCGCAAUUCCCGUCGCUGUUUCUCUACAUUUCCUCUCCGCUCGUUGUUGUCGCCGGACUUGGGCGAUCGAAUUCUCUGUUCCGGUAACGCUACGAAUUUUCUUCAGAACUCCUUGGUCAAUGGGGAAGAAGGAGAGCGAGGUAUCUUCCAUGGAGAUCGACGAUCUGAAAUCCAACAAUGCUGACCAGAUCGUUCCAAGGUUCUCGAUCAAUGUUCUACAACUGCUGAAAUCUUCUCAGAUGCAGCACGGUCUGCGUCAUGGGGACUACAGUCGUUAUCGGAGGUAUUGCACUGCGCGGUUGAGGAGGUUGUAUAAGUCAUUGAAGUUCACUCAUGGCCGUAGUAAAUACACCCGACGAUCCAUAGGCGAAUCCACUGUCACUGAUGUUAGGUUUCUUCAUGUGGUCUUUUAUAUGGCGGAGAGGGCAUGGAGUCAUGCCAUGGAGAAAAGACAACUGCCAGAUGGUCCAAACGCGCGCCAGCGUAUCUAUUUGAUUGGUAGGCUGAGGAAGGCAGUCAAAUGGGCUCUGCUUUUCUCAAACUUAUGUUCUAUCAAAGCAGACUCCAGAUCAUCUUUGGAAGCUGAGGCCUAUGCAUCCUAUAUGAAAGGUAAUUUGUUAUUUGAGCAAGAUCAAAAUUGGGAGACUGCGUUGACGUGUUUCAAAAGUGCCAGGGCUGUUUAUGAGGAACUUGGGAAAUAUGGAGAUCUAGAGAAUCAAGUUCUUUGCCGUGAACGGGUUGAGGAGCUCGAACCGAGUAUUCGAUACUGCAUGCACAAAAUUGGCAAUUCAAACUUGCAGACCUCUGAGCUUCUUCAGAUUGGUGAGAUGGAAGGCCCAUUGGACCUCUUUAAAGCAAAAUUAGAGGCUGCGAUGGAAGAAGCAAGAUCUCAACAAGCAGCAUCUUUAACAGAGUUCAACUGGCUUGGCCAUAGAUUUCCAGUUUUCAAUGCAAAAACCCGGGUUUCAAUUUUGAAAGCCCAGGAACUUGAGAAGGAGCUCCAUGGUCAAACAGCAGGCUCCCUCCCUGCUGAGAAAAAGCUAACCAUAUUCGAUAAGAUUUUCUCUGCAUACCUUGACGCCAGGAACACCAUCCGUAGUGACUUGGUGAGUGCAGGAAAUUCGGAAACUGUGAAAGAUGACCUAAAUGGUUUGGAUAAAGCUGUUAAUGCCAUAUUAGGACAAAGAACCAUCGAACGGAACCAGUUGUUGAUUAACGUUGCAAAGAGUAAGCUGAACAAGAGACGCGAUGACAAAAGUGAAAAGGUCACUAAGCCUGAGGAGCUUGUUCGGUUGUAUGACCUUCUAUUACAGAGUGUGGCCGAUCUCUCAGAUCUUAUCAGCUCAGGAAGAGAUAGGAAACCUGAAGAGAUUGCCUUUGCAGAAGAGUGUGAGCGAAAAAGUUUGGCCUUCCGUGCUGAAAGGUGUUUCUAUUUGGCAAAGUCAUAUAGUCUAGCAGGGAAGAGAGUUGAAGCAUAUGCCUUGUAUUGUCAUGCUCGGUCUCUUGCUGAAGAGGCCCUACAUCAGUUUCAAGGUUCAGCAAGUCACGAUGAGGUAGUGGUCCAGGAACUGGAAACAUUAUGCAGAGAAAGCAGAGCUAACUGUUGCAUAGAACAUGCACUUGGAAUUAUGGAGGCGGAGAAAGCUCCUGAAAAACUGUCAAAGAAAAUCUCCUCUAUAUCACUAAAUGAGACAGUUGCAAAGGUGGAGGAUUACCUUUUAGACAAACUUGAUGUAUAUGAAUCUGCAGUCGGUGAUUCGAACGUGAAAACCGCAACAAAGAUUGAACGGUUCCCACCUGCGUUCCAGUCUAUACCGCGUAAUCCAAUAGUUCUAGACCUGGCCUACAACUGCAUUGAUUUCCCGUCCAUUGAGAACAGGAUGAAGAAAGAUGGGAAGAGCUUCCUUGGCCGCUUCUGGCGCUAAAGUUGAGCUUCUUCUCCUGCUCCUGGGUUAUGCUCUCCCUGUAUUUGCGAGGAAAACAAAAUUUUGGAUCAUUUCAUAACAGCAGACAUUUUCCUGUGGCUCUAACCCAAACCACAUCUGAGAAUUCUGUUGGUUCAAAAGAUUUUUUGGGGGGGGGGGGAAUCAGAGUAUAGACUGGGAUUGCAAACAUUAAUUUUGGGGAUUUAGACACUGCCAUUUUUGAGGUAAAGCAGAGACCAGUACCGCCUCCUUGAAUACAAAUGAGAGAAAGAGAACAUGCUUCAGGUACUGAAAUCUCUUUGCACAACUCUUUUUUUUUUUAACCUCAGAAAGAUAGAUAGAUUUUGAGCUACGUA